UCCAUUGCUUAAGAGCCCCUAACUUUUUUAAGUACUACACUGGUUUAAAAACAAACAAACAAACCAACCAACAACUGCCCGAGAAACAGAACCUGACAGUCCUUUUGGUCUUCAGUGGUUUUGGAGCUGGUGUUUGGGUUGUUCCCUGUUGGGAAAUGCAGGGAACUCCUGCUGGUGUGCUCAGCCCGGCCGUUGGGCCCGUUCAGGGGCCCCAGUGCUGCCGUUACAAGUUACCCCAUUGAGCUGUUGGGUUCUGUUCUGGUUCCUCGUGCUGAGGUUGGCUCAGCCCCCGCUGAACCCUUCCCAGCAGGACAGCACGUUUGCAGCCUGCUGUGCCGGGAGCAGUGCCCGGAGCUGCCGGCACGGCCCAUGGCACCAGGCAGGGAGCACUGGGCACAGACCUCUCUGGCAACCUCUGCUGAGACCCCCAGACCAGGUGUUCCUUAGGGAUAGGGCUGUCUGAAGGCAGUGGAAUUAGAGGUGCCAGCUCAUGUGACUGGGAGAGCCUCAGAAUAACCAAGGGUUAGAAACCCGUGCUCAGAAACACAAUGAGCCGAUGCAACAGCCACAGAGCUGUAAAUCUGGCACAAAUGUAACCCUACGGAAAGGACAUUAAGGAGCAUUUCUUGCUCCCCCGCCAGUUCUCUGAGGUGUUACUGCAGUGGGAAGGAAGAAACGCUCCAUUUAUUCAGCCCCACUUUAUCCUUCAGUGCAACAGCAGUUGCCUGAAUGGACAAUAUAUUUAAAAGCUGGUAAAUGAGAAGCCAGGGUUGGCUUUUUAAAUUGGAAUUUUAAAUCAGCUUUAAAUCAGUGUUGGGAUUUUAAAUCAGCUUCUGUAAUGCUUAAAUAUGAGCUGAUCUGUUGGCCUUAUCUGCAUAGAAAAGCUACAACAGCUUUUUAUAUCUCUUAAUAGGGUUAAUGUUUGCUGACAGUGAAAUACAUCACAAUAAAGGGGAAGGGGGAAAAAAGGGUAGAGAAGCUGUGGCUUCCCCAUCCCUGGAGGUGUUCAAGGCUAGGUUGGAUGGGGCUUGGAGCAACCUGGUUUAGUAGGAGGUGUCCCUGCCUGUGGUGGGAGUGGAAUGAGAUAGUUCAGGAACAUCAAUCACCAUGGAGCUGGGUCAUUCUGCACUAGCAGUAUUUAUCAUAUUUUCAUCUUUACCAAUAAUUUCUAUCUCGCAAUGCUGAAUGAAGCAGCGAGCUUUGGAGUGGUGAUGUGUUGCUGUAUGAAAACUAAGUACUCUUCUUUAGUGUUGUAAUAGAAUUAAAUGUAUUGUUUAAUUGGUUUGCGAGCCGUGGGAAGUCGCUGAGCUGCCGCAGCUGCUGUGUCGGUCUCUGGGUGCAGUAGGAGAGGCUGCUCCAGGGCUGAAGGUGACUGCGUGUGAGCAGGAACGAGCCGCCAGCUCUGCCCUCCUGCAGCCCCCGGGCAUCUCCCAGGGCAUGGGGUGGGGAGCAGUGCCCUCUCCCUCCGUACGCCUCCAUCCGCCCCGGGCAGUUUCCCAGCGGAUCCCUGUGAGGUGGAAGUGUUAUUUGCAGCUCCCUCGGCGCACAUCGAGCAGCCCCACCCUCCCACUGCCCCCUGUGCUGCUCAGCCACACAGCUCCUGCCUCCGCCUUGACUCAUUAAUGAUUAAAUCCUGCUCGCACUCGGCGGGACGGCAGCGGGGCUGCACCCCUGGAUCCUGGAGCCCGGCGGGGAGGCAGCACCCACAGCCCUGGCGAUGGCUGUGAAUGAGACCAGUGACUGCUUGCUGACAAACAGAGUCCUAGAAAAGUAUUAUCUCUCCACCAUGUAUACCCUUGAGUUCAUUUUAGGCUUCAUUGGAAACACCAUUGCGGUGUUUGGCUAUAUCUUCUGCCUGAAAAAAUGGAAAAGUGGCAACAUCUACCUGUUCAAUUUAUCCCUAUCAGAUUUGUUAUUUCUCUGUACUCUGCCAGUAUUGGUGAACAGCUACUCCCACGAUCAGUGGGCAAAGCAGGACAUCCUGUGCCACAGCAACAGAUUCCUGCUGCAUGCCAACCUGUACAGCAGCAUCCUCUUCCUCACUGCUGUCAGCGUUGACCGGUACAUGCUCAUAAAACACCCCUUCAGGGACCACGUCCUUCAGCAGAGGAGAACGGCUGUCCUGGUGUCCACUGCCAUCUGGGUCGGGGUGAUCCUGGAGCUGCUGCCGCUGGUGCAUUUCCUGGAGCCUCUGACACCCGCCAAUAAUUACAAGUGUCUUGAUUACGCGAGCUCUGGAGACCCCGCAGAAAACCUCAUCUAUAGCAUGUUCCUGACUGUCUUUGGGUUCCUCAUCCCUCUCUUGAUCAUGUGCUGCUUCUACGUGAAGAUGGUUCGUUUUCUUAAAAACAGGAGUGAGCAACUCAGCUCUCCCCUGACCCUCGAGAAGCCUCUCACCCUCGUGGUCCUCACCGUGGUGAUCUUCUCCCUGCUCUUCACUCCCUACCACGUCAUGCGCAACGUCCGCCUCGCUUCCCGAAUCCCGGCCCUGAACGUCCCCGAGUGCACGCAGGGCAUCAUCAGCACCAUUUACGUCAUCACGAGACCCGUUGCCUUUCUGAAUAGUGCCAUUAAUCCUGUUUUCUAUUUCCUCAUGGGUGACCACUUCAGAGAGAUGCUGAUGGCCAAAGCAGGGCAGCUCUUGCGCAGGCUGACGAUCACCGGGUAGUGAGUAAGGAAGGAGAGCCCCUGGUAGUGGGAGAUGGCAGGGAGGGAACUCCCUAGGGAGAACAAUCAGUCAUGUGCCAUUUUUUUAAGAUAACCUUAUUUAUGCUAUAGAAUAAGUGUGAGCUGAUUGUGUUCCUGGAAAUGCACCUGUUACCUUAUUGUACAGGAGACCUGCUGCUGAGCUGCCUCCAGCAGAUCAGGAGAGGUGCUCACUCCCAGCAGUACAGGAGGACCCUGCUCUCAGAGCACAAUACCCCCCAGCACAUCAAUAUUGUAAACAAAAGACCAUCAAGUCAGCUCUUGGAGGGAAAAACACACUGCUGUCAAAUAACUGCUUUGUGAGCCAUGAUGUGAUGCUGGGCUGGAGCGGGGAUGGGCUAAAACGAAUGUGUCUCUGUACUCAGCAGGACAGCCAGGCGAGCUCACAGGGCCAUCGUCACAGUCACUUAGCAGAGUAUGGAGCUACCUAACUUUAAUGUAGUUGUCUAUAAGUGCCAGCAGAAUGUAUGGCCUGAGGCAGAAUUUGGACCUUAGAGUUCAGACUUCAUUAGCAGUUCUGCUAAUGAACCAGGAGCUAACAAGGAGCCAGUCCCUGCCUGACAUCCCUGUGGGAUCGAUCAGCAGCACAGCUUAUUCUCCAGUGGACUGUCCCACGUUCAGAUGGAAAGGGGGAAGAGAUCAAUGGAAUAAUGACCCUGUAGGAGUUUGGGCUGGAGAAGGAGCUGCCUGGAGGGAGUGGGGACAGGGUGUAGGCAGCCCCCUUCCCUGCCUGCAUCCCUGCAGGAGAUGAGGAGCCCCCAGCCCUGCCUGGGGACUCGCUGCUCCACAGCACAGGGAACAGGACACCCGCUGGGUCCCAUCCAGGUCACCCUGGGUUCAGCUCUCUCUUCUGUGUCGAUCAUCUUCAACUGCUUCACUGUGCCAGAGAUAGCAGCCCCAGAUAAUAAACCCUGCAUCCUGCUUA